AUGGACGCUAUCAAGACGUACACGUACAAGUCCGGGGCCGUCUACGAGGGCACCUUCGACGGCAACAUGCGCUCCGGCCGCGGUCACUGGACUCAUCCGCAGGGAGAGAGAUACGAGGGUGAGUACAAGGACAACAAGCAGAACGGCCUCGGCGUCUACAUCUUCUCCGAGACGGGCAAGAAAUACCUCGGCAACUGGGAGGCUGGGCAGAUGAACGGUGAGGGGCUGUACUUCUUCAACCUCGACUGCACCGCUUACUACUUCGGAAACUACACCAAGGACAAGAAGGAUGGCGAUGGCCAUUACAUGUACGAGACUGGCGUUAUGACGACGCAGAAGUGGAACAUGGGCGCGCUGCUGAAGGAGGAGGAGACGCCGCCGUCCGAGAUCGUGGAGUGUGCGGUGAAGAUAAAGGAGCUGAUGGACGCUGUGCGCGCGGUGGCGCCAAAGGAGUUGGGCGAUAUGCCGCCACCGUCGGAGGUGCGCACGUUUCAAUUCCCGUCCGGCGCCACGUACACGGGUCAGUAUUUUGGCACCAAAAAGCAUGGCCGUGGCUACUGGCUGCACCCGGAGGGCGACAGCUACGAGGGUCAGUUCGAUAACAACCACCACAGCGGCUGGGGUGUCUAUGUGAUUGGCCGCAGCGGCAAGAAAUACGUGGGCCACUGGCGUAACGGCAAGAUGAAUGGUAUCGGCGUAUACUUCUUCAACCCGCAGGAGACAGAGUACUACGUAGGCCUGUACCGCGACGACGUGAAGAACGGCCGUGGCAUGUACCACUUCGCGGAGAGCGGCGCUAGCAUGGUUCAGAUGUGGGAAAACGGCGUGCUGCGACAGGAGAUGGAGGCCGACAAGGCCACUGAGAAGGCGUACGAGGCGGCUAUUCGAAGGAUCGUAGAAGUAGUGAAGCCCUACGCGCCCAACUACGAGCCGGUGACAUUCGGGUUCUGA